CAAACUUCACGGUUCACGGUAUUUUGAUGUGGAGGAGGUUAAAAACCCUUCCACUUUUCAUGUUGAUAAAAGAUAAUGAGAAAUUUUGAAAAUGACGCUAAAAUUGUGGAUCAACAGUGGAAAUUGUAUUAGUUGAUUUGAGGGUUUGUGUACGGACCUGAACAUUUGACGUAUUGACUGCGAUUUACAACUUUUAGAAAUGGUACAUCUUAGACUUGGAAAAUGGCAAACUGUGAACAAACAAUUCAUCCUGACCCUAUCCAUCGGUGUGACGGCUGGUUUUGUGGUAGCCUAUGUCCUCCUAACCCCGGACGCCAUACGUCGUAUAGACUUCCAUACCAGCCAAGAGAUGGCCCACUUGGCCGGCCCCACUAUGGAUCCGGGCGAUCAUAGCAUAGAGGAGGAGUUCCACCAGAUGGAAGACAGGGAGGUGGCGAACAGGAUGUACAACAAGGUCAGGAUACUGUGCUGGGUGAUGACCGGGCCGAACAAUCACGAGAAGAGGGCGAAGCACGUGAAAAACACGUGGGGAAAAAGGUGCAACAUCAUACUGUUUAUGAGCUCCAAAGAAGAUCCCUCAUUACCAGCUGUAGCUUUACCUGUAGGGGAGGGGAGGGACAAUCUCUGGGCCAAAACAAAAGAAGCAUUUAAAUACGUGUACAACAAUUACAAGGAUAAAGCAGACUGGUUCAUGAAAGCUGACGACGAUACAUAUGUCGUUUUGGAGAACUUGCGAUACAUGUUGUUACCAUACAAAUCCUCGGAACCCAUAUAUUUCGGAUGCAAGUUUAAGCCUUACGUGAAACAAGGAUAUAUGAGUGGGGGUGCGGGCUACGUUUUGAGUAGGGAAGCUCUGAAUAGAUUCGUUGAGGUGGGACUCAAUAACUCCACUGGGUGCUCUAAGAAGAAUAGCGGAGCAGAAGACGUGGAAAUGGGCAAAUGUAUGGAGGCUUUGAAUGUGGUAGCUGGGGAUUCGAGGGAUCCCAUGGGUAGGGGAAGGUUUUUCCCGUUUGUGCCUGAACAUCAUCUCAUACCAGGACACGUGAACAAGGACUUUUGGUAUUGGCAGUAUAUUUAUUACGAGAGCAAAGAGGGUAUGAAUUGCUGCUCUGACAACGCUGUUUCUUUUCACUAUGUAAGUCCAAAUCAGAUGUACGUACUAGAGUAUCUCAUUUAUCAUUUGAGGCCGUAUGGAAUUUCUUUUCACGUCGACAUGCCUCAAGAACUGCAGGAUUCGGUUCUUGGGAACUUGAAUAAGACGUCGAGUAGGUAAAAAGUACUGAAAGCUAAAAGGCUGUGCUAGAACUAAGAAAUUGUAUAUACUUAUUCUAAGGAUUAUUUCGUGCCCUUGUCAUGAGUAUUAAUGAUGUGGCUAUUUUACUUUAAAAGACAGGUAUUUGAGGCCAGGAAAGGGUGGGAGAUUUUUAUUUGUGUGUGAUAAAAAAGAUGCUGAUUGGAAGAAUUAAUUACUCUGAUAUUCAUACCUGAGUCCUCGUCAAAAGGUAAUUUUUUUAUUAUCAUGCAAAGACCAUUUAACCUGCAGAUUUUACAGUUGAUUACAUGAUGCAAGAUUUGGCAGUAAUACAGCAGUUUCAUAACAUUUUAAUCCUGUUUGAAGAUACACAUAGAUUCAAAAGUUUUGCAUCACGCUAAAUCUCCGAAAGUAAUUUUUUCUUAAAAAUUAUUGGAGUAUGUACUAAUCAAUGGAUCAGUUUCAAGUGAAAAAAAUGCACCAACAGUUUUGUGCAAACUUUAUUUCUCACUUUUUACUUUUAUUUCAGAAAGAGUAUUAUUGAGAAAAAGAUAAAGUUAAAAAAUGAUUCUUUUCUUUGGAAAAUGAUAACCAGAAUACGGCUUAGUAAUGAGUAUUUCCCCCUCUAGUAUCUAUGCAAGCUUGAAGACGCCUACCCAUACUGGUUACCAAAUUAGCGAUAUGCUGCUGAGGGAUAUUGAGCCAUUGUUCCUGAGCGGCUUGAACAAGGUCCUGUAAACUUCUGGGAGGAUUCCUGCGGGCUGCUAUUGACCUGCUUAGCAUGUCCCAAGCAUGUUCUAUGGGAUUCACGUCUGGAGAUAGAGCGGGCCAGUCCAAACGAUUGAUGCCUUCAGUUUCAAGAUAUUCAUUUACAGCUUUAGUGCGAUGAGGUCGGGCAUUAUCAUCCAUAAAAAUGAAAGGUUCUCCAACAGCCGCUCGCUAUAACCUUAUGUGAAGAUGUAGAAUCUCCCUGAUGUAUCUAUCACCAGUCAUUGUGCCCUGAAUAUGAAUUAAAUCUGACUGACCAUUGGACAUGAUAUCAGCCCAAAACAUGGCACUUCCUCCGGCAAAGGGAGGCACGGGACGAGCAUGGGCGAGUUGAGCUGCUCUCGGUUCUCUCCACACACGAAUCCGAUAGCUAUCCUGUAUUAAACAUAUUCGGGUCUCAUCGGAAAACAACACAGAAUUCCAAAAUUCUUCGGGCAAGGCCAUGUGCUCUCAAGCCCAAUGUAGAUGGCGGGUUAUGUGCUCAGGUUGUAGUCGGGGAACCCUAAGUGGUCGACGACAUCUCAAACGCCAGUAUGCGUCUCUGUAAAGUAGGGAGCGAUACAGGAAUCUCCAAGGCAUGUCCCAUAUCUCUUUGGAGUGCUGGCAAUGCUAUGGUCGGGUUUCUCCGCACAAUUAAGUGAAUAUAAUGGUCUUGUCGUUGAUUGGUGACACGCCUUUUACCGCUCCUUGGCCUGUCUCGAACAGAAUUGGUCUGAAGAUAGCGAUGUCCGAGAUACGUCACUUUGUGAAACACCAAUUCUAUUAGGUACAAACCUUUGAGAAUGGCCUUCUUCAAUUAGAGACACAAUUCUUGCACGAUCAAUCUCACUUAUCACUCUACGAUUCAUGUCGGCAGUAAAAAUCGUUAAAUUCAAGUGCAUCUUCUAACGAAAUAAUCGAUCUUAAAAUGUAAUCCCUCCAAAAAUAUUGUAAACAUAUGUUUAUUGCAAAAAAUAUAUGUGGAUUCGUGAAGAUAAACAUUAAUAAACAAACCCACAAAAAAUUGUUGAUAUUGAAAAAUUCCUUCAUAUGAAAUUAAGGUGAUGCAAAACUUUUGCAUCUAUGUGUAUUUCCGCGAGUUUAAACAUUAUCUUUCAGUUUUAUUGUGUGAAGAACGAACUGCAGCUCUUCAGAACGUUCCUCACAAGGGGAACUCGUUUUUAUUUUUUGCGAUGGAACUGACGGAGGCAUCUGGUUUUUACUGGGCGCAUAGAUAUUAUCAAGUGGAAUAACUUCAAGAGGUAAUGGCGGGUUAGAUCGAAUCUGAUUUUUCCAUCAUUAUUUUUUUAAGUUCAGAAUAACUCGAUUAUAUUUUGGUUUGUUAUCAAUAAAUGAACGUUAAUCGAUCAUAGCUCGUACAACAAUGAACUCCCAAAUUAUAUGGAUUUCUCAGUCGCAUGCUAUUGGCUGAUUAACAUUUGAUGAACAAAUAACAAACCUCCACUUUAAAGUAAAGACUUGAAAAUAAGCUAUUGAUUUGGAAGAUUCCAAAUCUUAACAAAUAAGAGAUUUUUAUGAAGAAAGGACAUGAUUGAUAUUCAAGCAAUUCUGGUGGCAUCUUUUGUCAUAUGGUAAGAUAGACAUGUUUAUAUAAAUAUUUGUAUACUUUGUACUUAUAAGUAAGUCCCCCAUUAUCUGACUAUUGUACUUAAAGAAUGCCAUUCGUAAUGCCUAGUCUAUGAGCCAGGCUGGUUCUUGGAUGUGCUCAUUUUAAUUUGAUGAUUAUUCAGUAUUUCUUUUAUAGAAAAAUCAAAUUUUAGGUUAAGUUAACUGUCAAGUUUAUUUAUGACAAAUACAUGUGAUCUUUGAAUA